CACCAAGAACCAAUGCCCACCAAACCCAUCUCUGAAUGAGAGAGAAAGAGAGUGAGGGUUGUAGUUGCUGAGCAAAAUUAGGGUUUUUGGGUACUGAAAAAUCUUCCUUUUUUUGGGGAUCAAACUCCUUGGACUGAGUUUCUUUGGGGUUUCCUUUUCUGGGUUGCAAUUUUUUUCUUUUUUUGUUGUUGAAAAAAUUUGUUUUUUUUUUUUUUUGUUUUUUUGGAGAUGUACAUAGGUUCUAUGCGAAAGUCAUUCAAGGACUCCUUGAAAGUGCUUGAAGCUGAUAUUCAGCAUGCUAAUACUCUGGCAUCUGAUUUUCCGAGGGACUAUGAUGGUGCCUGCCUCCAAAUGAGAAUGUCAUACAGUCCAGCUGCACACUUGUUCCUCUUUUUAGUGCAGUGGACAGACUGCCAUCUCGCUGGAGCUCUUGGGCUGUUAAGAAUAUUAAUUUACAAGGUUUAUGUCGAUGGCACAACAACCAUGUCUACCCACGAAAGAAAAGCAAGUAUUAGAGAGUUCUAUGCCGUUAUUUAUCCCUCCUUACUGCAACUUCAAAAAGGUGUUACUGAUACUGAAGAUAAGAAGCAGAAAGCAGUAUGCAUGGAAAGGUACCGAAGAAGAGAUGAAGAGGAGCACAGACUACAGACAGAUGCAGAUAUUGAAAGAGAGGAAGAAUGUGGAAUAUGUAUGGAGAUGAAUAGUAAGAUUGUAUUGCCGAAUUGCAACCAUGCCAUGUGCCUGAAAUGUUACCGUGAAUGGCGAACAAGAUCACAGUCCUGUCCCUUUUGUCGCGACAGUCUUAAAAGAGUGAAUUCUGGUGAUUUGUGGGUAUAUACAGACAGCAGGGAUGUGGUCGACAUGGCAACAGUGACAAGGGAGAAUUUCAGAAGGCUGUUCUUGUAUGUAGAUAAGCUGCCACUGAUCGUUCCCGACAACCUUUUUGACCCGUACGAUUCCCACUUAAGAUAGUUGACACGAACAGACCAAAGAUCACUAUCUCCUCUGGCCUCUAACAAGUGAAUUCCGGUUGCAUAAAGACGAGAUGUUUUAUUCGAUGAAACUAGGUUAGUUUGCAUUUGCAGUGGUUGCUUCCCACUUCUGAUACGAAGAAACCGGCCUAAGUAGUUGCUAUGGUCUGGUGGGAGAAGUCGAAAUAGUUUGAUAUUCCAAGAGGUUGAUAAAAAUUGUAUUUAGCACAUUUGUACAUGCUUUGUAUAGCCCUCUCCUAUUGUUCCAUCACAAAAAGAUGUCUUCUAACUCUGUUUGUAUCUUGGGUUGUGAACCUCUUUUAUCAGAGAUGAAUCAGUUAGUCUCUGCAUCUGGUGUUAUCCAGGUCUAUAUAUAUAAUGGAGAAUUUGCAUAGGAGUCAGAAA